AUGGACAUGCAACGAAAAGUACGUUUUUUUUCACUUUUUUUAAAAAUAAAAUUGCUCUUCGAAUUCUAGCAGCCAAGUCAUUGGUACCCGCCGGAAAUCGCGGCGGCUCUCGAGGCUCAAUACCAGAAAACCAAAUUUUGUAGCACCUACGACAUGAAGGCUCUCGAGCGGAGCACAGGAGUUGGAAGACCAUCCGUGAGCACAUUUUCACUGGAAACAAAGCAUUUUGAGGACUCGUGAUUACAGCUGAGAGUCUGGUUCACGAGACGUCGGGAGCGUGAGCGUCGGGAGAGUGGAAAUCCGGACGUCGUGCCCAAAUGUGAGAAGUUUCACUUUUCGGAUCGGGUAAUUUCGAUGCUUUUGGAGCAUUUCACAAAUGUCAAUGCUCAUCCGCAAAAGCAAGAAGCGAAAGAGUUGGCGGAGAAGGUCGGGCUCACCGAGCAUCAGGUUUGUACGGAAAUUGAAAACACGCACAGAGGGUCGGCAAAAACGAUUUUUGAACUGUUUUUUCAAUUGCAGGUGAUGAAUUGGUUCCAAAACCGACGAAGAGGCGAGAGUAGUCGUGCGACGAAAAACGAGGAGAAUACGGCAAAAGUCCUGGCGCGCGAACUUCUGGAAACGUACUUUCAAGCACAAAAAGACGGCGAAAAAGAUGUGCGAUCCGAUUGCAAUGCGCCAACUCGCAAUGCUAACCGGGCGAAUGGAGUGUUCGGUUGGCGAUUGAUUGAAAAGUGCGACAAUGAGCUGAAAUUUUGAAAAUUACAGGUCAGAAAUUGGAUGUCGAGACGUAAACGAUUGGAGGGCGAAUGGACCGGACGGCGAGAGAGAAAAGAUGCGGCAGGACACUAUUCGGAGAAGGCGAAGAAGGUUCUCGUCGAGUUUUACGUGCAAAAAAGGAAAUGUCCGGAUUGGGAGGAGGUGGUUGAACUCGGCAAAAAGAGCGGAUUGACUUGGAAACAGGUUGUUUUUUUUUUUGGAGAGUUAUUAUCAGUGUUACUUAUCGAUUUUUCUCCAGAUUCAACACUGGUUCGAAAUUCGGCUAGUCAGAGGCGGAAACGCAAAAAUCGAUAAUGUGGAUGAUGAGGAGGCUGCUGGAAAAAAGCUGAGAAAAAGCGACGAAGACGAGAAAUCGGUCACGCCGAUUGUUCCAGAAGCUCACAACAUUCUCGGAAUGCCCAUCGACCCGUUCAUACAAUAUCUGUCUGCAUUUUACUAA